CUGACUGGGGAUUUUAAUCAUUUGGAGCCACAUUGAAAAAAAAAUUUCCCCCUGCAAUCUACUCUUAACUGAUAGUCACUAACUUUGGUUAUGUGUGGUCCUUUCUGAAAUGGUAUCUAUGAUUCAGCUAUUCAAAACCUAAUGAAGUUGGUGACUCUAUGACAAUGUGGAGAAAUCAUGACAGAAAAUGUGGUUUGUACUGGGGCUGUCAAUGCUGUAAAGGAAGUUUGGGAAAAAAGAAUAAAGAAACUCAAUGAAGACCUGAAGCGAGAGAAGGAAUUUCAACACAAGCUAGUGCGGAUCUGGGAAGAACGAGUAAGCUUAACCAAGCUAAGAGAAAAGGUCACCAGGGAAGAUGGAAGAGUCAUUUUGAAGAUAGAAAAAGAGGAAUGGAAGACCCUCCCUUCUUCUCUGCUGAAACUCAAUCAACUACAGGAAUGGCAACUUCAUAGAACUGGUUUGCUGAAAAUUCCUGAAUUCAUUGGAAGAUUCCAGAACCUCAUUGUGUUAGAUUUAUCUCGAAACACAAUUUCAGAGAUACCUCCAGGGAUUGGACUGCUUACUAGACUUCAGGAACUGAUUCUCAGCUACAACAAAAUCAAGACUGUCCCCAAGGAACUAAGUAAUUGUGCCAGCUUGGAGAAACUAGAACUGGCUGUUAACAGAGAUAUAUGUGAUCUUCCACAAGAGCUCAGCAAUCUGCUAAAACUUACUCACCUUGAUCUGAGUAUGAACCACUUUACUACAAUCCCUCUUGCUGUGUUGAACAUGCCUGCCCUUGAGUGGCUGGACAUGGGAAGCAACAAACUCGAACAACUUCCUGAUACUAUAGAAAGAAUGCAAAAUCUACAUACGUUAUGGCUGCAACGAAAUGAAAUAACAUGCUUGCCUGAAACAAUCAGCAAUAUGAAAAAUCUGGGUACUCUUGUUCUCAGCAACAACAAACUGCAAGAUAUUCCAGUAUGCAUGGAAGAAAUGGCAAAUCUGAGGUUUGUCAACUUCAGAGACAACCCACUGAAAUUGGAAAUAUCACUUCCUCCCAAUGAAGGCACAGAUGAAGAAGAGGAACGGGAAUUAUUUGGCCUUCAGUUUAUGCAAACAUACAUACAAGAGUCACGGAGAAGAGCAGAUCACCAAGUCAACGGUUCAACUACUUUACCAAUCUCCAUAAAUACGGAUAGAUAAUAUAAUUCAAGAUGCCCUUCUAAAGAGGAUUACUUUGGUGAAUUCUCUAAUGUUUGGAUUUCUGAAGUAAAAAGAAAAGCUAUUACCAAAGUUUAAUGAGGCCACAGCAUUUUUUAAAGUUCAUAUUAUUUGCUAUUUAAAGUAUAUAUUUUUUGAUAUAAAAAUAUAAUUAAAAAUUUUUUUUUGGUGGAA